AUGUUCGGGUCAGCUUCGUUCACACCGGACGUCUCUGUCGCUGCGGGCGGAUCAAGUGGCGCGGACGAAUCCACUAGCCGGGCCCGGACAACUUCGACCGCCUCUUCAAAAAAGACUAGGGCUCUAUCAAUACUUUCCUCCGUCUCCACACGCAUCUCGUCGUCCCUCAACGGAGUCUCUCGUCGUGCUUCCAUGAACUCGGGAACGCGGGCCAGUAAAGCAGUCACUCGGCGAUCUCAUCAACCCGCGUCUGGCAAGGAGAACAUUCGGAAUCAAUCGGACGCUUUAGGUAGGGUGAUAUUAUCGUCGCUUAUCCGGUCUACGCUGAGCCGAAUUUCGAUGCUGAUUGGGUGUGAACAUCCUGGGGAUUAGCCGUCGUCAAGCCCAAGGAGCAAAAUCUGCACGGUGACUUGCCACAUCGAACAGAAGCGCUCGACGACUAUCGCGAACGGUCAGCUAGCUUCUCGAGGUCAUCUCCUGAACUGCGUUCCAUCUUCAAUCCCUCUUUACAACAGCUCUGCGAGGUGACCGUCUCCCCGUUUCCGAUCAAAGCCCCUACUAGCUGCGCACAAACAUCCGUCUCGUCCAAAGCAUCUACGAGCUCAGCCCUAGCCGGCACGUCACUGCACUCGCGUUUCUCACUCGAUAUUUCGGAUUCGUCGCCAGCAACCUCGGCUGACGCACAUCGCGAUGUAGCUGUUGCCGAAGCGCUUGCCAAGCUGACAGCUGCACCGCAAGACACCGCAGCGUCGGCGCAUCGUCUCGCCCAUCGAUACACACGCUCGAUCUCCGAUGCUGAGAUUAACUCUCUGCGAUCCAAUUCCGUGGAUCAACUUAAGGCCGGCUCGUGGCAAAGCUCGACAGCUUCGGCAAGUCCUUCGGCGAUCAUCGCCUUUGAGAUCAAUGCGCGCGGUCGUCAGUUGAGGCCCAAGAGCAUCCCACCCCCGAGCGCGAGUGCUGGUGGACCCAAAAGCUCGCUUGAAGUGCCGGUUUCGCGAUUCACCGAAGACUUCACAAGGGCCAGUCAACCAUCCCUCGAGAGUAGGAAUGACUCACGCGGACCUUCCGUCACGUUCAGCGACCGACCACGACUCUCUGCUGCCAGUGGCGAUAAGGACCGAGGCACUCCCGGACCCCACCCGCUGUACAGCCUUCGACGUGGGGCAGAAUCGGCGGUCGACUUUUUAAGCGUUGUUGAAGAAGACGACGCAACGAACAUCCAUCCUCAGCUGCAUUCCGAUGCUCGCAGCAAUCGAAGAUCCUCAAAACGGCUGAGCUCGGAGGCGGCCUACGCUUCGUCGAGCCUGGAGGCGCUUUCCAGAAAUGUCCUCGCUGGCGCCGUUUAUCCUGGCCGCCGCUCGUUCGACGAGGCGACUGCAGUGAGACCAUCGUUUGCGAUGUAUCGUUCACUCUCAGCCAGCUCCAUCGACGAAAGCAUACAAGAAGACGAUGACUCCUCCUCACACUCCGCACCCAACAUUACCUCGGUUCAUCAUCUCGGAGGGCGGGUCGGUAUCCCACGCGGCGUGUCAUUAUCGAAGCUCCAGCCCCUGACCGCACCAACUCAAGGCGUAUGCGCUCAAGCGAGCAAUACCUCACCGGUUCGACCACGUCAACACCAGCGCUGGAGAUCGGAGGUGGUACUGGAAAAGGUGGACGGGAACUCUCUGAACCCACACUGGAGCCGAGGCAGCACCCUCUCGAGUGAGGGGAGUCUUGCAGCCGCCUCGACUCGCUUCAGCAGCGACGAAUCGAUGGACGGCAGACCGACGCGCAUCGCUCGGACCAAACUCGUGCUCCGCGAGAACGGUCGUCCUGCCCUGACUUAUGUAGGAAAAUUGCUAUCGCGGUCCUAUACUCUCGAUGAAGCUGACCACACUCCCUCCUUUCAUCAGCAAUUGGGCGAAUGUAUUGGAAAGGGUCAGUUCGGCAGCGUGUAUCGAGCGUUGAAUCUUAACUCGGGACGGGUCGUCGCGGUAAAACGAAUUUCGCUGGCGGGAAAGACGGACGAGGAGAUUGAGCAACUCUCGAGCGAAGUUGCAGUGCUCCAGCGGCUCGAGCAUCCGAGCGUCGUCAAAUACGAAGGCUUGGUGAAGACCGAGCAUUAUUUGAACCUCGUACUGGAAUACGUCGAGAAUGGAUCGCUGCAGAAAACGAUCAAGCACUUUGGCGAGCUACCCGAGCCGCUGGUAGCGAGUUACGUCGUCAAGAUUCUCGCGGGGCUCGAAUACCUGCAUUCGAUGCAUGUCGUGCAUUGUGAUCUGAAAGGUGGGAGUCGUGGACGGGAUCCUGGUCGGAGAUGAUUGUGCUGACCUCGGAGAGUCACGUCAUUCGCCUUCCAGCUGCCAACAUCCUGAGUACCAAACACGGCAACAUCAAGUUAUCGGACUUCGGAACGAGUCUGGUCACGACGACCAUGCGUAAAGAUGACCACGAAGCGUAUGGAACCCCAAAUUGGAGUGAGUAAGGUUGUCAACACGUCACCCGUGCCUUGCACUGAUCGAAGGUGAUAUCCUGCUUCCUAGUGGCACCGGAAGUGGUAGGUGACAUUUAAAAUCGUGCAGUGGGUUUCGAUUACUAAGACUUGAACUCUGCCUCAGAUCGAACUCAGAGGUGCUACGACCGCUUCGGACAUUUGGUCGCUUGGGUGCACGAGUGAGUGAGCUGCGCAAAUCCUCUCGCAAUCUUGCCAUUCACGAUCGUCUCGCGCACACAGUCAUCGAGCUCAUCGACUGCGGAAGACCACCCUAUUACGACCAUAACUCUAUGAGCGCAAUGUUUCACAUCGUGACAGACGAGCACCCACCUAUCCCUGACCGGUGCUCGGCGGAACUGUGCGAUUUCCUGCAUUUCUGCUUCGCGAAGGAACCUGCAGACCGGGCGGCCGCAAAGGAGCUUCUCGAACACAUUUGGCUGCAGAAGAACUGGAGUGACAGCCAUGUCAGUGAUUCUUGGAAUUGAGCUCCUUAGUGGGUUUGACUGACACAGUGCUCUUCAACUCCUUCCAGAACACGCAAGUUUACGACUCGAUUCCGUUUCGUCGUCGAAACACUAUGAAGGAUCAUGCGCCGUCUCCCCUCGGAACAGACCUGCCAUUCGAUCUACCAGCCCCAUUACCGGAGAGAGAAAAUAAAUCAAUUCCUCUCGUUCAAUCUCCUCGUGCAACGACUUUUAUCGAUGGAGACACGCCCCUUCCUAUACUUGUAAGCGCCGAAAGGUAAUUCCGGAAGUACUGCACGGAGGGUCUAAUUGAUCACUGCGUCAACAGAAGCGAGAGACCACCACCACAAGUGUUCACAAUGAUGUGGCAAUUCGAACGCAUUUAUUCGUCAAGACCACCUUCAGCAAAGGUACGUUUAAUGAGCAGUAACUCGAGAAUAUCCCGUGUCUUUAAUCGCUGAUAAGAUCUCCUUACACUGCAGCGAUCGACUGCCGCCUCUGCGAUGAACGAACGAAGCGUCAAGCAGUACUUUGCUCGCAGUGCGGACUCGUAGCCCACAUCCGCUGCGCUGAGUUUGCUCCAGAAUGCGAUCUACGCAGCUUGCUGGAAUAUCAAGCUCCGAAGCCUCGUGGUCCAAGAACCUCAACCUACAGCGUUGUCCGCCCGGAAAGCCCUUCGAUGGCGUUUAACUUGGGCGAGAAGCUGCCUUUCAUCAGGUGCUCCAAGCGGCCGACUGCGGGAGCCAUGUCCUCAAGCUCGAGCCUACCUCUCGCUGCGACGACACCUCUCUCUCCGAUGAAGACGACUCCAGCACUGCGGUCAUUCGUGGGUUUGAUUCCCACAAACACUGGAAAUACGGUGACGAACGCGAUCAAAGACGUGAGCGUGAUGCCAACACUCGCCGAGCCAAGAGGUCCGAUCAUUAUCGACCAAGUCGAGAGAACCGACGCUUCCCGCGGUCAAUCGGGGCUACGAAGACUGGGUCAUCGGAGGGUCAAGUCGGCCCAGCCCAGCAGGAGCAAGACGUCGAGUGACUCUGACUGUAUACUUCAGUAA